AUGUCGUCGAAUCCAAACUUCGAUGGAAGGGAUUCGAAGCAGGCCACUCCCCUGCGCCGGGAGCGUGCUCCGACAAUCACCAUCGACACGUCCGCUGUGACUCCGGCUCAGGAUCGGACCCAGCCGACCUUACACGUCUCGACGGAGGAGGCGCAUGCGACUGAUACCAGUGCUCUGCUGAGUGACGGCACCCCGUCGCCCACCGAUAUGCGCUCCCCGGCUUCCAUCCGCUCCUUUGCUUCGUCCGAGAACCGAGAUCAUGAGAGCCGGCCGAUCUCGCCCCACAACGUCUCAUCACCGACCUCGAAGUUGGCCGACUCCAUGUCGAAUUCCAACUACCUGUCAGUCCCGGGCACUCGCUCCCGUGUAAAUUCACUCGAAUCCGAAGAUACAAGCCAAUCGUCGAGCUCGUAUGGGGGAGAAACUUAUGUCGGCAACGGUCCCCAGGGAUCGCAAUCGGAUAUGGGGAAGAAGAACGGAAAUAACAGCAGCCAGCUCCUCAGUGAUGAGGAAGCCCUCAACCCCGAUCCCGGCCGGGAAGACGAAUUUGAAGUGGAGGAUAAUAGGUUCGCUUUUUCUCCCGGACAGCUGAACAAGCUCUUGAACCCCAAGAGCCUUGGCGCGUUCCACGCCCUGGGUGGCUUGCGGGGAUUGGAGAAAGGGCUACGGACGAAUUUACGCAGUGGUUUGGGUAUGGACGAAACGACGUUGGACGGCACCGUGAGCUUCGAGGAUGUCACGUCCGCGCAGCCGGAGAACUCCCUGCCCAAGUCCAUCUCUCAACCACCCGAUCGACCGCCAUCUCGUUCCAACACAGGCCUGGCUAAGCAAUCAGAACACGCGUUCACGGACCGCAAGCGAGUAUAUGGAAGUAACACACUUCCCGAGAAGAAGCCCAAGAGUAUUUUGGAGCUGGCAUGGAUCGCGUACAACGACAAGGUGCUGAUUCUCCUGACCAUCGCGGCAAUCAUUUCGCUUGCUCUCGGUAUCUACCAGUCCAUCACCGCAAAGGACGGCGAGGCUCGGGUACAAUGGGUCGAAGGUGUAGCCAUCAUCGUGGCCAUUGUGAUUGUGGUGGUGGUUGGUGCGGCCAAUGAUUGGCAAAAAGAGCGCCAAUUUGUGAAAUUGAACAAGAAGAAGGAGGAUAGAUUCGUCAAGGUCGUCCGUUCCGGAAGGACGGUUGAGAUCUCGAUCCAUGAUGUGCUGGUGGGUGAUGUUAUGCACUUAGAGCCGGGAGACUUGGUUCCCGUCGAUGGCAUCUACAUCACUGGUCACAACGUCAAGUGUGAUGAAUCCUCCGCCACGGGUGAGUCAGAUGUUCUCCGCAAGACGCCCGGUAACGACGUCUAUCAGGCCAUUGAGCGCCAUGAAAGCCUGAAGAAGCUUGAUCCCUUCAUCGUAUCAGGUGCCAAAGUAUCUGAGGGCGUCGGAACGUUCCUCGUCACUGCUGUCGGCGUCAAUUCGACGUAUGGUAAGACUAUGAUGUCUCUUCAGGACGAGGGCCAAACAACACCCCUCCAGUCGAAACUGAAUGUUCUCGCCGAGUACAUCGCAAAACUCGGUCUCGCCUCCGGCCUGCUUCUUUUUGUCGUGCUCUUCAUCAAGUUCCUUGCUCAAUUGAAAAACAUGGAAAAUGCAAACGUCAAAGGUCAGGCUUUCCUUCAGAUUUUCAUUGUUGCCGUCACCAUCAUCGUCGUCGCCGUUCCCGAGGGUCUACCGCUGGCCGUCACGCUCGCGCUCGCUUUUGCUACGACACGGAUGUUGAAGGAUAACAAUUUGGUCCGGUUGCUGAGAGCUUGUGAGACGAUGGGCAAUGCGACCACUAUCUGCUCGGACAAGACCGGCACACUCACAGAGAACAAAAUGACCGCGGUGGCCGCAACCCUGGGAACCUCGACGAGAUUCGGCGAGAAGUCCCCUGAGGCGUCUUCAGGCCAGACGAAUGGUGACCAGAAUACCACCACCGCGUCGGGGAGCAUGUCACCCUCCGAAUUCGCUUCCAGCCUUGCGGCCCCGGUCAAGCAACUUCUCGUUGACUCUAUUGUACUCAAUUCCACUGCUUUCGAAGGUGAGCAGGAGGGAACAAUGACCUUUAUUGGCUCUAAGACCGAGACGGCCCUCUUGGGCUUCGCGCGGACGUACCUCGGUAUGGGAUCGGUCAGCGAGGCGCGAUCAAAUGCGGCUAUUGCCCAGAUGGUUCCCUUCGACUCUGGUCGUAAGUGCAUGGCCGUGGUCAUCAAGACAGAAGCCGGAAAGUAUCGAAUGCUGGUUAAGGGUGCGUCGGAGAUUUUGCUUUCCAAGACCACCCGCAUCAUUCGGGAUCCCUCCAAGGAUCUUUCUGAAGAGCCGCUCUCUGAGCAGGCCCGUUCGACUUUGGACACCGUGAUCAACCACUACGCCUCCCAUUCGCUCAGAACGAUCAGCCUGGUGUAUCGUGAUUUCGACCAAUGGCCACCACGAGGAGCACCCACCUCCGAGGACGACCGUUCGCUCGCUCAGUUCGACCCGUUGUUCAAGGACAUGGUUCUGUUCGGUAUCUUUGGUAUUCAAGAUCCUCUCCGACCCGGAGUCACGGAAUCCGUCCAGCAGUGUCAGCGUGCCGGCGUGUUCGUGAGAAUGGUGACAGGUGAUAACAUCAUGACUGCCAAAGCUAUUGCCCAGGAAUGUGGCAUCUUUACCCCAGGUGGCAUUGCCAUUGAAGGUCCCAAAUUCCGAAAGCUCAGCAGUCGCCAGAUGCGCCAGAUUAUCCCUCGGUUGCAGGUUCUGGCUCGAUCCAGUCCGGAUGACAAGAAGAUCUUGGUCACCCAGCUCAAGAAGCUUGGAGAGACGGUUGCGGUUACUGGUGACGGAACAAAUGAUGCUCAGGCUCUGAAGACUGCCGACGUGGGCUUCUCCAUGGGUAUUACUGGCACUGAAGUCGCGAAGGAGGCGUCUGAUAUUAUUUUGAUGGAUGAUAACUUUGCAUCGAUUGUCAAGGCGAUGGCAUGGGGUAGAACAGUCAAUGAUGCGGUCAAGAAGUUCCUUCAGUUCCAAAUUACGGUCAAUAUCACUGCAGUCUUACUCACCUUCAUCUCUGCCGUGGCGAGUGGUGACGAAGAGUCGGUCCUCACCGCGGUUCAGCUGCUGUGGGUCAACCUCAUCAUGGACACUUUUGCAGCUCUUGCUCUCGCCACGGAUCCUCCUUCUGCUCAUAUUCUCGACCGCAGACCCGACCCUCGAUCUGCCCCCUUGAUCAACCUGACCAUGUGGAAGAUGAUCAUCGGACAGAGUAUUUAUCAGCUGGUUGUCACACUUAUUUUGAACUUUGCUGGCAAAUCGAUCUUCCAUCUUCAAACCCAUGAUGAUGAGGAGCGACUCGAGACGAUGGUUUUCAAUACUUUUGUCUGGAUGCAGAUCUUCAAUCAAUGGAACUCCCGACGUAUCGACAACGGUCUGAAUAUCUUCGAAGGCAUCUUCCGCAACCGGUGGUUCAUCGGCAUUCAGUUCAUCAUUGUUGGAGGACAAAUUCUCAUCAUCUUCGUGGGCGGGCAAGCUUUCUCGGUGAAGCCACUGUUUGCCUACCAAUGGGGCGUUUCCCUGGUCCUGGGUGUGAUCUCGCUGCCCAUUGCCGUGAUCAUCCGACUCAUCCCAGAUGAGUUCAUUUCUCGGCUUAUCCCCAGAUUCUGGCACCGCCAGAAGGCCCCCGAGCUGCUGGUCUCGGACGAAGAUCGCCGCUUCGAAUGGAACCCUGCCCUGGAGGAAAUCCGGGAUCAGUUAACAUUCCUUCACAAGGUCCGCGGUGGCCGGUUGAGGAACUUGAAGCACAAGCUGCAGCAUCCUCAGGAGUUCCUACCGCGCUCACGCAGCGGAUCCCGAUCAAGAGACGAUUCGAUCCCUUCCACUCCUGUCGGCGAGAACGGCGGUGUUUCCCCGCAGCCCGCAACGCCCGAAUCACGGUCGAGGAAGCGUACCCGGUCUCGCUCCAACUCCGCCUUUGGGCCCGCUGCCGCCAUGGCCGGCGUGGUCGCUGGCAGUAUUGCGGGAUGGUCUCCGAUCGAACGAGCACCCGACGAGGGUGACGCGAUCGCAUUCAACCCCAGCAGCCCCCACGGAGGACUGGAUAACCAGGAGGGUAUCGAGAUCCACCCGGACACGGCAGCAGACGAGCGCCUUGUCGGCGAGUAUCAGACCGCCUCGAAGACACCCCCCAGUCAAAACCCCGACUUGCUCCCUCACUUCGAACACCUCCCGCCUGACCGCGCACCCUCCAGCCGGAGCAGGAGGUCUACCUCACGACGCUCCCGAUCAAGCCAGAGCCAGUCCCAAAGCUAA